UGUGGUUUGUUUUGAAAAAUCCUCGCCCAGAUCCGAGUUUGCGCGAUGUGACGAUUGAUGGAGUUGGUCUGCUGAUGCAGAAUUCAAGGAAUAGGAGGAUAUUUGCUUGCAUUAAUCUAAUCUUCCUUUCGCUAGAAACAAACCUAAGCAAAGUGUGCAGACACAAUUUGAAGAGUAUGCACAGUAAAGCAAGGGAAACUAACUAUGCAAACACCAAUGUGAAGAGGUUUCCUGUUCCAGAUGACAAAGUUUCUUGGAAUGAACCAUUUCCAGAAUAUAACCCUGUAAUUUACACUUCACAGCAUAUUUUGAGUGGCCCUGAAUAUGCAGACCCUGAUAUAAGCACUAAUCCAGAAAAUGGAGUACUAAAAUUUAACCAACUUGAUGAUGGGUAUAAUGUUGACAGGACCAGCUACACUGGGAAAUAUGAAGUAGUUAAUGGUCUGCCUCGAAACCCAUGUGGGAGAACUGGAAUAUCAGGACGUGGUGCUCUUGGUAGAUGGGGACCAAAUCAUGCUGCUGAUCCAAUUGUAACAAGGUGGAAACACACAAGUGAAGGUGAUAAAGUUUACCAGAAUGAAAAACCUGUGCUUGAAUUUGUGUCUAUCAAGAGGAAAGACUGUGGACUUUGGGCUAUUCCAGGGGGAAUGGUUGAUCCUGGUGAUAGUGUAAGCAACACACUUAAAAAAGAAUUUGGAGAAGAAGCUCUAAAUUCAUUGAAAGCUUCACAAGAUGAAAAAAAAGAACUUUUGGCACUAGUAAAUGACUUAUUUAAAGCUGGAGACAUGAUAUACAAGGGCUAUGUUGAUGACCCAAGAAACACCGAUAAUGCAUGGAUGGAAACUUUGGCAGUUAACUUCCACGACGACACUGGGAAAGCAUUUGAUAGGUUUUUCCUUCAAGCUGGUGAUGAUGCAGGAGCCGUCAAAUGGAUGGAAAUAUCUUAUGGGCUUGAACUUUAUGCAAACCAUGUAGAAAUGAUUCAUAACGUUGCACGCGUGCAUGGAGCAUCCCUUUUAUAGAAAUGCGUAGUAAUCGGGUUGUCCAGUCCCUUUCCACACGCGUCCAGAGAUUUUGUAUCCACAAAUUGUUUUAUUCGAAUACAUCUGGUGUCUACACAUGUCCCAUCGUAUACGCUUGGUAUUUCUGCGGUGUCUACGAAAUUUCUGUAUUUGCUCUCUAGUGUGGAAACAUCUCUACACGARUAUGUUUUGAAUAYGUGUGGACCAUUGAAUAUUUUUGUAUACGAUGAUAUUAUAGGUUGUUGUACGCAUGCAUGCUGCCUUGUCCUUUGAGAUACCCGGGUUCGUACUGGAUGCAUGUGGGCGUAUAAUCGUAUAAUUCGUACACGCUACAUACGGACGCAGAUAUUUCUGUGUCCGAAAAAAAAAUGCCUGGACUCGUGUGGACAAAGCCUUAAUUAAGGAUUAAGGGUAUGAUUUGGGUAAAGGGCACGAACAAUGUUAUUUCGUUUUCUCUAAUCAGCAAGAGAUCAUGCAAUUCUAAAACGACUAUAUCUUUUUGCACUGAUUAUUAGAAAUUGCAGCGCAAUUACCAUUUAUUCUACUUUGCUUAUUUCUGAAUUGUCAAAAUGUCUAUGACGAUUUAUAUCGUAUGAAUCUAUGUAUAAUGUAUGAAUUUUGUUGCUAAAAUUUGGGCAGAAAAAAAAGAUAUUCAACAAUGUGCCUUUUUCCCGUUCAAUGAGGGAGCGAACCCUGUUUUAUUGACAACAGUCUCUAGUACAGAUAUACCUUCCUAAAAACAAAAGAAAGCACUAAAAAAUGUGUCAUUACAAUAGAUUCCUCAAAUUUCUCUCUGAUUUUGGAUUUAGCCUGUAUUCCCAGAAGGCUUUUACCCUGAGUCUUGUGGAAAUACAGGGUUAGCCUCAAAUUGGAGAARAUUCAAAUUUUUAGAGCUAUAUUACUGUCAAUAUUUUUGCGCGCUUUCCACUACUUUUGGCAAGGUUUUUGCGCAAGUGAGUCUGUAGUCUACUUUAACUGCGGUCUCUCUCCGCUAGGUCUAGUGGAUAUCCAGUUGUACCAAAAUAUAUAUAGCUAUUUCAAAAAAGGUUGUCGGAUACAAUCACGAAUGUCAAUGGUCGAACGGCGAUUGCUCAACCGAAAGUAGCCAUGGGUUUUGCUAGUUGAAAGAAAAUAAUAACUGAUUUGGUAUUGUACGAUGGUCUGUCGUAAACAGUGGCUCCAUUUGACUUUAUUUCUAUGUAAGGUAAAUCCAAUAAGUGAAUUUUGUUUAUCAAAACAGUGUAACCAUAGUCCCUUUCGGUCGUGCAAUCUUCAUUCAACAAUCGCCGUUCUCCGUUCUCCCCGACAACGUUUUUUGAAAUAGCUGUAACAUUCAUGAAAUUUAGAUUAUUUAUUUGAUAGACGUCGCAAAAGGUUUUCUGUAUGAUCUGAAAAGUGUGAAAAGCAACAUUUUAUUUUGCUUUAGCCAUGGAAGAAUCAAAAUUAGGCCUUCUAUGGCCUUGGGCACGGAUAAUAAUGUGGUGCUUGUAUAGUGUUUUAUCCUCUAAAUGAGGUUAUCAUAACUCCAAGUUACCAGGCGGUUUACAGAUUUGGUAACCAGUGAGAUCUCAUUUAAAUCGUAAUUAAUAGAAGGGAAUGGUUUGGAAACCUUUUGUUGUACUUCUUUUGUAUSUAUUUUGAGGUUGAAUCAGUCAAGACCGUGCACAACGAUUUUCUUACGGACGAUGGAAAGAUCAUAAACACUGUCUAUGAGAUUAUGAAAUGAAAUAUUUCAAUAUUGGUUAAAAGGUUUUGUGCAUUUUUUUUAAUUUUCGCUCUGUUCUUUCAGAUGUGACCAAUCGAGUGCACGCCACAUAAGUGUGAAACAAUUCUUAACAAAUUAGCCCUUAAUAAACGAAUAAGAUUUAGUUAUCAACUAAGAAUUCAGUGUACUCUAUGGCUAAAACAAUAGUUAAACUGCAAAGAUUGUGCACGGUCAUGCUUGGAAAAAAGUCACAAAAAGAAAAGGCUUCCUAACCAUUUCUCUCUACAAACUAUGUUGAAAUGCAGCUUCUUAUCCUGAAGUAUCAACUUUGUGUGCAACUCAUACAGCCAGGCUCUGUUGGACUAUGAGAAGUUGAUUCAUAAUAAACAGUCAGUAUGCACCUCGAAAAAGGAAGAAGCGAAAAUGACAAUAAGUUCAGCACAACUUGUAGGGCGGAUAAGCGUUAAUAAUUGGAGGAACUGUGCAAUUUGUAAAGAAAGCACAAAAUUUUGGUACA